CGUCGACAUUUGGAAUACCACACAGUACCCUUUUGACCAGCGGCGAGAGAGACAGCUGCGGGAUUACAUGGAGUAUUGUGGCAUCCGGAAUAACAGAGAGGUGGGAGUUGGAGUGCCGGAGGAUGACGAGGUGCAGGAUGUUUUGGACAGGGAGAGGGCGGACAGCGAGGGAGGACAGUGUGGCGGCGAGGACGAUGAGAUGGACACAGGGGCGGAGGGUGAGGACGAGGGACAGACGGAGGACACCGGUGAGGACAAUGUUCAAGAGUUAGCAGCGUCCCUUCAGGGGGGAUCAUUGAAGGCACGACGCACUGCUCAUCAGACAAGGACUCGUGCGCCUAUGGAUGGCCGUGGGAAGAGGAGGGCGGACACCGCUCCUGCGGCACGCGUGCCGGACACGAAACGUUUGAAGCAGGUCAGACUGGAUGAGAUGUACGACACGGAGUGGCAGACCACCUUCGACCAUCUCUUCCUGCAGUGGUGGUAUAUUGGUGGUGUCCCAUUUGAGAGGGCGAGGAUGCCCGAGUACAGGGCCCUUACGAGACAUUUGCAGAACAUGCCUCGGGGCAUAAAGCCUACUUUGCCCCAGUUCAAGCGCAUAGCAGGCAGUGGCAUACAGGAAAAGCGUGCGUACAUAGUUGAUAAGCUACGUGACAUACGCGAGCAGAUGCAACACACAGGGGCUACCAUCCUCACGGAUGGGAAGAAGUCCCUGAACUCUGAGCCCAUCGUGAACUUCCUGGCAGCAGGACUGUCGGGCGCCUUCCUUUUCACGACGGUGCGCAGGAAAGGGGUUGACGCAGAGACGACAGACGUCGUCUUGCAGCGCUGGAAGAAGGUGUUCGAAAAGUUUUGCGUGAAGAACAUCAACGCCAUCUGCACGGACUCUGCAUCAGUUUAUGUCGCCGCCGGUCGAGCGCUUUGCAACGAUCCCGGUCCAGAUAUCCGUCGCAUCCCUUGGCUCCCUUGUUCUGUCCAUUGCUGCAACUUGAUGUUGUCAGACAUGGUCAAGGAUAAGACAUGGGCCAUCAACUUGUUGACCAGGGCGAGGGCGGUUGUCCGAUUCAUUAGAUGUCACGGAUCGACUCUCACGUUGUUCAGGAGUUACAUCGCGAGGGCCGAUCGCGAUGCACGGGCGAACYGUUUGGGUGGCAGCGCCGCGGGCGGAGAGGGGAYAGUAGGCAGACCACGACGCGGCCGAGAGUUGUUGUACCCUUGCCAGACGCGAUUCGCGUCUAUGUACAUCAUGAUGGAGAGGUUGCGCGACCGCAGGGUUCCACUUGAGACGAUGAUGUUGGAGGGGGAUUGGGCGCGACUUCCAUGGGAGAGGAGGCUGCUCGGGCAGGCCGGGUGGGUGCGCACACAGGUGCGAUGCGGGCUGUUUUGGGGGGAGAUGGAUGAUCGCAUCGACGUCUUCACCCCGGUCGUGCAGCUGUUGAGGAUGUUGGACCAGGGGGGUUUGGUGAUCUCUUGCAUCUUCCGGUGGGUCACCCAGUUGGCCGAGGAGAUUCGGAAGUUGGAGUCGACGAGACCUCGCCUGGUUGGCAUGCUGCAGGAUUGUUACACUUGUGCAUGCCAUCUGCUCGAGCCCGCCCAUGCUGCCGCCCAUCUUCUCAAUCCCAAGAGGCGAAACUUCGUUUAYUUCCAGUCUCCGAGGCGCAGCGAUCARCAGAAGAAGGUUGCGGAKAUGACACUUGAGUACAUCUACAUGCAGACGGGCUUCGACCGGCAGGGAGACAGGUACAGGUUGGUCCGUCAGCAGUUGUACGACUUCCACGCGCGCGGGCCGAGGUAUUAUUGGGGUGGAGAUGUAGGCACUGGAGACGAGGACACGUGCGAGGGACCGGAUGAGACACAGGUCAUUGCUGAUUGGUGGGUUUUGCACGGCAGCUGUGCCCCUGAGCUUUGUGCCAUCGCCACACGUCUCAUGUACACGUGGGUCUACGCCUCUCCUGCGGAGAGGAACUGGGCGUUGCACGAGCGUAUCCACGAGAAACGCCGCAACGGGUUGGACUUCAURAAGCUGACUGAAAUGGUGGAGAUCUGCGCGAACAAGAAGCUCCUGGCAUGUAGACAAAGGAGGAGGGGACUUGUUCUGYCGUGGGGAGAUGUUGAGGACGRGUYGGACGACGUCCCGGAGCCGCGCAGAUCAGGUACUCUGCCSCCGGGGUCAUUGACGGACGAGGAGAUCGCGCGCSASGCGCGCAGGAUGCAGCGUGCCUCGACGGUUCGCCACCCCCCUGCGGUUCAGACGGUGUUUGGUCGUCGUGCAACUCAUAUCGAGCUGUACAACGAGGAGAUCGAGUACGAUCCACCCACGGACCCGCAUGCUGCAGACGAGAUGGAGGCAGAGYUGURGACGGACCCRGAGGACUUGGAGCAGAGAGGCAGUGACACACCUGAUGUUGGUGAGGAGUCUGGCGGAGAGAGUGAUCAUGAGGCUGCCAGUGAUAUKCGUUCGCGGGAUCGGCARAAACAUUGUGAUGUUGAUCGCAUGACCCCUCCCUUGACUAGGAAUGCGACAGAUAGAGGGGGCAAKCAGACACAGGUUGUGCRAUCGUCGAGCGAGGACGAGGGUGGUGAGAGGUCUGACGACGGAGAUGCCGCCGAUGACGAGGACUUUGACGUCGAGAGAGAGGGACCCGACCAGGACAGAGGACAUGGGGACGAGCAUGGAUUCGACGGCGGUGAUGGCAGUGGGCCGAUUGAGGACGGAGCGGGUGGCGCCUUCCUUGUUACUCCUGGCCCCAGUGCAGUGGGCGGGGGCGGUAGUGGCGGACAUGGGUUUGGUUUGGAGGCACACGUGCCCAGCAUGUCCCCACUCGAGCGCCACACUGCUGGGAUUGAUCCAGUGAUGGACAGGAGCAGGCAUAUAUCGAAGAGGCUUUGGAAGGCUGUGCCUCCAUUUUCUUUCGUGCUUGUUAGUCCGCCAGCACCCUCGGGGGUAUCGGGGGAUAUUGGGAAGACUAUGGAGAUGGCCGACUUGUUCGAGCAGUUGACAGGUCAGAGGGUUAUCGAGCCGGGAGGGGUAUCAUGGGGAGAAGGGCCAGUUGCUGCAGGGACACGACCGGCAUGUGCAGGGGCGGUGAGUGGACGGGGAGGUGAGUCUGGUGGCACUGUUGUCGGCGGGGGAGGUGGUCCCGAAGUUGUCGGCGGAUGGUCGGGCCUUUCGGGUUGGAGUGUUGGUUGGGGAGAGGGUUCUGCUGCGCCGGCGACGGCAGGAGGGCGCGGGCAAGUGCAGGGUUCUCCAUCACCUUCAUCAAAGGUGAAGGGGAAGUCUGUAUCGUGGAGCGGCAUCAGCAGGGUCACCCGCAAACUCAAGGAUGCUAUGCCUGGGGUCACGGGGGAGAGGAGGGCUCGUGAGGGGAGGUUGGCAGAGAUGUUUGCGGACGCAGCAGGCUGGGUACGGAAGGGAGAUAGGUUGGAGCAUCCUGGAGCUGGGUCGUCGUGUGCUGCAGAUCAAUGGGGCAGCACGAUGGUUGCACCGCCGUCACGACCCCCCACAGCAGGUGCAGCACAACGAGAUGGUCAUCGAUAUCCGAAAGGGCGAUCUUCCACACAUGCUUUGCCAGGUACGGGGGUGUAGAAGGGCCCCGCACCACCCCCCUCCCGCCCUCAUCCCGACCGAACCGCCGCCCUCGCGCGCGUAAACCCCGUGAAUGGCCCCCGUGAAUGGACGUUUACGGGAUUUAGGCCCGGUGACCAGCCGAUCACGGGUUGGUGACCGGUGCCGGUCACGUUCACGGGGCAGGCACUGCUUGAAUCCAUCUAUUGAGUGCGUUCGACAAGACUGGUUGUGCCUUGAUCCAGCGCAAAGUCUCAUGGUCAGAUCUCAUGUAGAAGAACCUUCCUAGGAGGUAAUGUCUCCAAUGAACUAGCGCUUGAUAC